AUGGCUGAAUUUGCUUGGUUUGACAAGAAAGAUAAACCAAUAUUCGAUAGCUAUUCGGGUAUCAGUACCUGUCUGGCAUUAUCAUACGCCGUUUAUGCUUCGGAUGCCAAAGCCUGUAUUUCUACCUUAAAUGAAUUGAAAGAUUCCAUGCAACAUGGGAUCGAUCAAAUAUUAUUCUCCACCAAUUGCAAGCGUCAAUAUUUAAUCGCAUCCAAGCCAAAAGAAAAAGAGAUAUAUGUUGCAUUUCGUGGAACAGAAAGUUGGAAAGCACUCUUGAGCAGUUUUCAAGUUUAUGUUCAUUUGAAUGAUUUCAAAGGUACAUUUCAUGCUGGCUAUUAUCAGCAAGCUAAAUUAAUACCAUUAGCUCCAUUUUGCUAUUUGUUGAACAAACAUCAAGAUUAUAAAUUAAUAUUUACUGGACAUUCAUUCGGUGGUGCCUUAGCUGCUAUGGUUACAAUGAAUAUGUUGGGCGAUUUGAGAACAAUAAACUUUCAAGAUCGAAUACAUUGCGUUGCUUUCGGCUCACCAUUUAUUAGUAACAAAGCUUGCAGUCAGUAUAUUAACGAUCGUCUUAAACACAAUUUCCAAUUUUAUAUCAAUCAUUCUGAUAUAAUACCCUAUCUAUUAACAUAUGUCUACAAUAAAAGUGGCGAGUUCUUGUCAAAAGAAAUAAAGAAGAAAUGCAACGAGUGGUUAGUGGUUUUAGCAUUGUCACUUAUUGGUGGAGGAAUCGAAAUAGGACUUUUUUCUCGAUUAGCUCGACGUCGUGGUGGGAAACGAUGGACAACACAAGCUGAGUGCGAAAGUGCAUGUUUAGGAUUGAGCAAAUACCUCAUCGAAACUUGCCGUGAUCACUUGAAAGAAGUUCUACCUGAAUAUUUUCCAUUUGGUUUCUAUUAUUCCACGGCAUGCACUAGUCCUGAUGGUGGAACAGACAAGAGUUUUUUUCUCAAAGCAUUACCAUUGGAAGAAGUAUGCAUGAAAGAAAACCGAUGGAGUAGCUCAGAAGGGUAUGCAAUGCAAGAUCACUACAUCAAUAAUUAUGUUACGGAAAUUUAUAAGAAUGUUAUUCAGAAAAAUUCUAUGGUAGCCUACCGUGAACACUCGCCAGUGAGAUUAGUCGAUAAUUGCUAUGAAUUUUCUACUUCUCCGCUAUUUAUUUUCGUGGUACCAAAAACAGAAACUUGGAAAUGGAAGAAUACAUGCAAUGAAAACGAAGACGAAAAGCCAACUCAUUAUAUGUGGUCUGUUGUUAGUAGCAAAUAUGAAGAUAAGGAAGAAAUAACACUACGUAUUUAUGGACCCAGUGUUAGUUUGACAACUGGCCUCAAGUGUGAAAAUUCGGUUUACACGGGAAAAGCCCUCGAACCAGAAGAAAAUGGUGAUGAGUCCGUACGACUUUUCAUUCUUAAUCUUCCACUCAAAGAAAAUCCUGAUGCAAAUGAUUAUCCAAUUCGCAUUAUCAACCAUUUUGCUACUGUCGAUUUGACUGGUUUGAUCGAGCCGAAAAAGUUUACUCUAUCAGCUGGUUUGGUAGGAAGAAAAAGGCAAAUUGCUGAUUUAACCGUUUUGGAAUUGUAUAAACUAGCAUUUGCCUACUGUACUUUUACUGGAGAUAAUGGCAGCAUUCAUAGUGAAAGUCAGGACGUUAAUCGAAGGGAAUGUGUCAAAAAGUAUCUAUUAUUGUCAGAAAAAAUUCUCGAGCAAAAUUGUAUGAUUUUGGAAAAAGAUCAUCUCAAACGUCUUACACCUGAGCAAUUACGAGAAUUGAGUAAAGAAAUUUCUUAUGCCAAAAAUGAUGGACAAACCUCUCGUACAUCGCCAACAGUUUCACCAUAUGCGUCUGAUGACGAACUAGACCAGAUAUCUGGAUGCUUUGGGUUCCGAUACCAAUCCAAAGCCCAAAGAAACGAUACUUCUACAGAAAAAGCACAGUUCCAGAAUAUAAGCACUGUUAUGAAAAAUUGGUUUGAAAAUAAGUCAAAUCGACAGUGCCAAGCAUCUGAGACAAUAGAUUCUCGAAAUUUUGUCCUCAGCAGUACUGAAGCAGUUGUUCAGGUUAUACCACGCUUAUUUUGUAUGAAUAUAGCGCUGACACGUGAUUUUGAACUUCAAUUUGAUGUUCGUGAGAUUCGAUGGAAACUAAUCGGUGUUGCCACGAUCGGUGGUUGUGUUCUUGGAUUAGGCGGUGGCAUCGCUAUUAUUAGCACCUUGGUAGGUGGCCUAUUAGGUGCCUUUAGUGUAGGUGCAGUUUUUGGUGGAUCGGUGGGAUUAUACGAAUGCUUAAAAGCGGUUCAAGUUGAAUAUUUAAAAAUCCUCGUUUUUAUUGCAAAAUCCUUGGGUGUCUGUAUGGAGGAAGUGAGAAUGCAUCAAUAUUCAUUAGAAGAAAAAAUUAGUUCGAUCUAUGCAAAAAGAUUAAAAGCGUUGCCUAGUGACGAACAUAUGUAUGAUCAAUAG